AAUCCCUAGUUUAGGUGCUUUUAUUUCAGCAGCCACUCUCUUCCCUUGCCUCCGCCUCCCUGUACGGACAAAUCCUGUAUAUCGUCGUGUGCUGAAAUCUCAAACUCAGGUUUUGCUGCCGAUAUCGUUGUACUCUCCGGCAACUAAGGGUUUUUGAAGAUGUUUUCGGCGCAGAAUAAGAUUCGUAAAGAUAAGGCUGCUGAGCCGACUGAAUUUGAGGAGUCCGUGGCACAGGCUCUCUUUGAUUUGGAAAAUAGUAAUCAUGAGCUGAAAAGUGAAAUCAAGGAUCUUUUCAUAAAUUCAGCAGUUCAGCUGGAUGUUGCUGGAAAUCAAAAGGCCCUUGUGAUCCAUGUCCCUUACAGAUUGAGAAAAGCCUACCGCAAGAUUCAUGUUAGGCUUGUGAGAGAGCUUGAGAAAAAGUUCGGUGGGAAGCAUGUAAUCCUAGUUGCCACCCGGAGGAUAGUGAGGCCUCCAAAGAAGGGAUCUGCUGUUCAACGGCCACGCUCCCGCACGCUGACUGCUGUGCAUGAGGCAAUACUUGAGGAUGUUGUGUUGCCUGCUGAGAUUGUUGGGAAGCGCGUUAGAUACCGAAUUGAUGGAUCCAAAAUAAUGAAGGUCUUCUUGGACUCAAAGGAGAAAAACAACACAGAGAAUAAGCUGGUUACCUUCUCUGCAGUUUACAAGAAACUUACUGGAAAAGACGUCGUAUUCGAGUUUCCUGCAACAGAAGCAUAGACCCAAUAUUCAUCUUUCUGAUGUUUGAUCGCUUUGAACUCUCUAUUGUGCACUUAAAAUUUUGACACUGCUGCGUUUCUGCUCUUUAAGACGGAUUUUAUUUAUGUUCGUCAAUUUGGAUUAAUUUUAUGAAGUGUUUUGCGCU